AUGUCUGGCGACGGCCAAUGGCGGCGUUGCACAUUUCCAGGCCUCCAGGCCGACGGUGCACAAGUGCCCCUACAAUCGGAGGCCGGCAGGCGCAAACGCGGCUCGAAGGAGCAGCCGUCGAAGGCUUCGAGUUCUGACUUACCUCUUGCCAUAGUGUCGAUUACUGAGGAUACUUUGGCUUGGUGGCCUAUCUUUAUAGGCUUAGCAGGUUUUCCAAGUCCCUUGGUAAAUAUGACUUGAAAUAUGUUUUGCGUUCUUCUAACGAUAUAAUUGCAGAUGGGAACAAUAAUAAUGCGGGAUAGUGCGUGUGGAAACUAUAAUCGAAGUUACCUAUCCAACGUGACAAUGCUAGUAAAAAAUGGAAGAGUGUUCUUGGAGUUUUACCUAAUAAAAGACCUGGUUCCGGGGGUUAUGAUGGAAAUGGAAUUCCUCAUAAGAAUGCAGAAUUCCAUGAAGUACCAGAAGAUUUUUCAGUACUCCCUUGACAUGUGCAAUAUGUUGGCUUUAAAAAGGAACAACAUGUUUAAGAGAUGGUUUGCUACAUUUUUCAAUUCGGGAAAUUUUAAGAAGAAGUGCCCUGUAGAGCCAAACUGCUACUAUUUGAGGAACUAUAACUACAACACACUCUUUAUCCCAAAGUUUCUGUAUGCGGGCAAAUAUCAAGUGAAGUUUACAAUGAACCAGUUUAAGGAUUUCGUGCUGGCCUGUUCUUUCGAAGUAGAAAUAAAGUAA